UUCAUGAUUCACCGAGAGGCAUAGGCAAGUGCAAUGGCUGAUAGUGGUCAGGUGACAAAAAUGCAUCUGGAUAUAGCCAGCGGUGGAAUAGACGGGAGUGGUGCAGGGCCCUAGGAGUCUUUCCGUACUAUAUAAGUCGAGAUACAGUUCUGGAUGAUGUACUAAGUCUUCUGACUUCAUCGUUACUUCAUCGUGGCAAUUUAUAUCGAGUUGGAAGCGAUGGCAGUUAAGUGUUUCUUAUUCAUCGGGAUGAUCGCUGCCGCGCGUGGAGCAUUCCUUCAUCACCCAGUUCCAGCUGGAGCUGUGCUAACCGUGUCGAAGCCAGUCGACUCUCAUGACCCAAAUCCGCAGUACAACUACGCUUACAACGUCCAGGAUACCCUGACAGGUGAUUCGAAAAUGCAGCACGAGAUCAGGGACGGUGACGUAGUUCGUGGCAGCUACUCUCUCGUGGAACCCGAUGGAUCGCGUCGCGUCGUCGACUACACUGCUGACCCCAUAAACGGGUUCAAUGCCGUAGUUCACAAGGAACCUGCCAUAGUCAAGGCCGCAAUUGCCGCCACACCAGUCGCCCUGGCAAGACCUUUGACCGUCGCUCAUCAUCGCCUGCUGUACGCCUAUCCGGGUCCUGCUUAUUCACAUCGUACCCUGGGCUUGGUCCAUCAUUAAGACCGAUCAUGAAUUCAAUGAAUUAAAUAGCAACUUGAAAUGAUACCGCUAGAUCCUUGAUCAGUUGUGCUGAUUAUUUUUGGAACCAAGAACGUUGACGUUGAACGUUAACCACCAAUAACGAAAAUGUAGAUGCAGAUCAGAUUCUUCGGUACCAUUUUCGGUAGCUAUGCCGUCUAACACAUCGAUUGUAUUGAAUACCUCGUGGUUUUGUUUCCUCUUUGAGUAUAUUUAUAAUGUUAGUCACCAUAUUCUGUGUACAAUUAUAAGCUUUUUAUAUUAGCCUUCAAAGUGAAACUAUUCACAUCAUUGUAAUAGCUAGCAACUAUAAUCUAAGUGUCUGCAGCACUUAUGCAUUCAUAGCAAUAAAUCAUGUAACCACAUCAGAACAGCACCUUCUUUACCGUCCGGUUAUUACCGGCGGAGUGUAGAACUCCGGUUCACCGGACGGCCUAGAGACCAAGUAUAUGGUCUAACAGACCUUGCGGUUGUCGAUCUACAAGUGCAUUAAACCGGGAAUAGUUACACUUGCAAUUAGACACAGUCGAGCGAGCAUUUAAUGCGAUCAGAGUCGCGGUUUCCGUGACUGCGGGGAAAUGGGCGAGACACUGUCCGUCGUCGAG